CAACUCUAGACACUGAAUCUAGUUAUAAAUAUGGUCAGAGACUAAAGACAGUCAAGAUUCAACUAUGAAAGAAGUUUUUUUUCCCAAUUUCCACUUGAUUUUUGAGCCUGUGACUUAAACCAAACACCAAUCUUUUUACACACCAACUCCCUCUUUAACUUUUUCCAACAGAGUACAGCACACAAAAUAACUUCCAACUUUUCUAUUAUUGUCAGAAAACAUUUUUUGCUAAUUUCUCACAAACUCAUUUCUCAAAUAAAUAAAAAACUUUCUUCUUAAAUUCUUAUUGACAAGAGAGAUCUCUCACCGUUCAACUUCAAACAGUACUCUCUUGUGGUACAAGUACGAAAAAUCUCUCUGCAACAUAACACAUGCUUCUCUUUUUUUCAACACACACAUAUUCAUCAUUCAUCAGAAACUUUCUCUUUCUCUCUUUCUCUUCUGAAUCUUUUAUCUUUCAAACACUAUGACUUGUAUACUAAGCUGUUCUCAUGGCGUCGUGAUCGCAACCGCCAUGGUUUUCUCAAGCACUGCUCUGUUUCUUGCGAUUUCCCGCCAAUUUUCUGGAAAUCAGACAUCAGAUCAACAAAUCCUCCGUUCUUGUCUUUCUUCAGAGGAAAAGAAGAAACAGAGGAAGAAUAAGAAGAAGAAAGUGAAAUUUGCAGAGAAUGUGAAAGAGACGAAAGGUAACGGUGAAGAGUAUCGUAAGAAGAGUCUUCGGCGAAUUGUACCGGAACAGAUGAUUAAACCUGAGAAAACCGGUUCGGUUUGUAGAAACGACAUGCCUGCUAACCGGAUUGCAUUGUACAAUGGGAUUCUUAGAGACAGAGAUCAUCGAAUUCAGUGCUCCUAUUGACUUUUUUUCCUUUUCUUCUUUACCAGCAACUAUGAAAAUGUAGAAAUGAAAAGAAAAGUAAUUAUAAUUAAUUAUUGUAGAUAAUCACAAUUAGCUUUUCGGAUGAUUCUCUGUAUGUAAUUUUAGGUGAUUGACAUGUGAAAAAUACUAAAUAGAGUUUUUAGCGACAAGAAAAGAGUAAGAAAUUUAAAAGACUCUUUCUACAUUUGAUUAUUAUAACUU